AUGUCAAAAUCAAAUCUCCUGAUGAUAACAACUCUUGGGUUGAUUUUGACAAUUGCAGAAUCGAUGAGGUUUGAUCUGCAAUCAGGACACACAAAAUGCAUAUCAGAGGAUAUAAUGAACAAUGCAAUGACUGUGGGAAAGUACAAUGUUGUCAAUCCUAAUGAGGGUUAUCCUAUCCCUGACGCCCACAAGCUCACUGUCAGAGUGACAUCGCCAUAUGGUAACAAUUACCAUCAUGGGGAUCAGGUGGAUUCAGGUAAUUUUGCAUUUACUGCAUCUGAGGCUGGUGAUUACACUGCUUGCUUUUCGGCCGCUGAUCACAACCCAGAAACCACAUUGGCUAUUGAAUUUGAUUGGAAAACUGGUGUUGCUGCUAAGGAUUGGUCUAAGAUUGCUAAGAAGGAGCGAGUUGAUGUUAUGGAACUUGAGUUGAAGAAAUUACUGGAUACAGUCAAAUCCAUUCAUGAAGAGAUGAAUUAUCUUCGUGGGAGGGAGGAAGAAAUGCAACAUCUUAAUCGAUCAACAAACUCCAAAAUGACCGGCCUUAGCUUCCUUUCAAUUCUGGUUUGCUUAUCCGUGGCUGGUUUACAACUCUGGCAUCUGAAGACAUAUUUUGAAAGGAAGAAGCUCCUGUAG